GCAAAACCACCCGGCGUCGGUGUCUUCUUUCACGCUGGCGGUGACGCCAGCACGGGGCACGGAGAGGGCGCUGGUACCCGCGACAGCAGUUCCGACCAUCGACCCGCGAAUCAUGUCCCUGUAGUGGCCAACAAUCCAACCCCGGGGGAAAGCUAG